AUGGGUCGCAUGCACGCUCCCGGGAAGGGCCUGUCCCAGUCGACGCUGCCCUACCGCUGUAGCAUCCCCACAUGGCUGAAGCUGACAUCUGACAACCUGAAGGAACAAAUUUACAAACUGGCCAAGAAAGGCCUGACUCCCUCCCAAAUAGGUGUGAUCCUGAGGGACUCGCAUGGUGUGGCACAGGUCCGUUUUGUGACUGGCAACAAAAUCCUGAGAAUCCUUAAGUCGAAAGGCCUUGCCCCUGACCUCCCUGAGGAUCUGCACCAUUUGAUAAAGAAAGCGGUGGCUGUCCAAAAGCAUCUUGAGCAGAACAGAAAGGAUAAGGAUGCUAAAUUCCGCCUGAUUCUGACAGAGAGCAGAAUUCACCGGCUGGCUCGUUAUUAUAAGACUAAGCGGGUUCUCCCACCCAAUUGGAAAUAUGAGUCAUCCACAGCCUCUGCUCUAGUGGCAUAAAUUCUCUCAAGUAUA